GCUGCCGAGUUGCGCGAACUAGUCAUGGUGCUGUGGGAGUCCCCGCGGCAGUGCAGCAGCUGGACACUUUGCGAGGGCUUUUGCUGGUUGCUGCUGCUGCCGCUGAUGCUACUCAUCAUAGCCCGCCCGGUGAAGCUCGCGGCUUUCCCUACCUCCUUAAGUGACUGCCAAACGCCCACCGGCUGGAAUUGCUCUGGUUAUGAUGACAGAGAAAAUGAUCUCUUCCUCUGUGACACCAACACCUGUAAAUUUGAUGGGGAAUGUUUAAGAAUUGGAGACACUGUGACUUGCGUCUGUCAGUUCAAGUGCAACAAUGACUACGUGCCUGUGUGUGGCUCCAAUGGGGAGAGCUACCAGAAUGAGUGCUACCUGCGGCAGGCUGCGUGCAAACAGCAGAGUGAGAUACUGGUGGUGUCCGAAGGAUCAUGUGCCACAGAUGCAGGAUCAGGAUCUGGAGAUGGAGUCCAUGAAGGCUCAGGAGAAACCAGUCAAAAGGAGACAUCCACCUGUGAUAUUUGCCAGUUUGGUGCAGAGUGUGAUGAAGAUGCCGAGGAUGUCUGGUGCGUGUGCAACAUUGACUGUUCUCAAACCAACUUCAAUCCCCUCUGUGCUUCUGAUGGGAAGUCUUAUGAUAAUGCAUGUCAAAUCAAAGAAGCAUCAUGUCAGAAACAGGAGAAAAUUGAAGUCAUGUCGUUGGGUCGAUGUCAAGAUAACACAACUGCAACUACUAAAUCUGAAGAUGGGCAUUACGCAAGAACAGAUUAUGCAGAGAAUGCUAACAAAUUAGAAGAAAGUGCCAGAGAACACCACAUACCUUGCCCAGAACAUUACAACGGCUUCUGCAUGCACGGAAAGUGUGAACAUUCUAUCAAUAUGCAGGAGCCAUCUUGCAGGUGUGAUGCUGGCUAUACUGGCCAACACUGUGAAAAAAAGGACUACAGUGUUCUCUACGUUGUCCCCGGCCCUGUACGAUUUCAGUACGUCUUAAUCGCAGCGGUGAUUGGAACGAUCCAGAUUGCUGUCAUCUGUGUGGUGGUCCUCUGUAUCACAAGGAAAUGUCCCAGAAGCAACAGAAUUCACAGACAGAAGCAAAAUACAGGGCACUACAGUUCAGACAACACAACAAGAGCGUCCACGAGGUUAAUCUAAAGGGAGCAUGUUGCACAGUGGCCGGACUACCGAAAGCUUGGACUACACAAUACAGUAUUAUAGACAAAAGAAUAAGACAAGAGAUCUACACAUGUUGCCUUGCAUUUGUGGUAAUCUACACCAAUGAAAACAUGUACUACAGCUAUAUUUGAUUAUGUAUGGAUAUAUUUGAAAUAGUAUACAUU